UCCGUGAACGCCGCAGCAGCGGUGAGCGGCCUCGCGCGCUCCUCAGACCUGAUUAGUGACACCUGUUGGCGCCGCCGUGGCUCGCGCUACCUUUGACGGAGUGGACGGUGCACGUGGAGCUCGGAGCUCGUGGCGGGACGAUGCAGAAAAGCCUGAAGAAGCACUUCGUCAACAUGGACGAGUUCCUGUCCAGUCUGGGUCUGUACCGGAAGAUGGUCGCGCGCGACGCGUCCAGUCUGUUCCGAGCCGUGUCCGAGCAGCUGUUUUUCUCUCAGAACUACCACCAGAAGAUCCGACAGGACUGCGCUGACUUCAUGAGAGCCAACAGAUGCAACUUUGAGCCGUUUGUUGAAGGAUCCUUUGAGAAGUACCUGGAGCGUCUGGAGGAUCCCAAGGAGACGGUGGGUCAGGUGGAAAUCAAGGCUCUGUCUCAGCUCUACAGACGUUGUUUCCUGAUCUACCGUUACCCCGGGAAACCAGCCACCAUCAUCUCAGAGGACGACUUUGUUGACAAGGUAACACUGUGUUGCGCCAUCAACGGCCACUAUGACAUCGUUUAUCCAAGGAGUUACCCCUCCUCUGCCGCCCUCUGCCAGUCUCUGCUGUACGAGCUGCUCUACACACAGGUGUUUGGUCUGGAGGAGGCGGAGCUCUGUCAGGCCAUGGAGGCCUUCAGAGUGGGAGGCCAUCGCUAUAGAAACAGUCCAUCGUUCUGCAGCGACGUCGACGUUGGCUACGACACACCUGAGGACCGCGGACACAGAGAGGAGGUGGAGGUGGGCGGAGCCAUUGAGAAGAAACCUCAAACUGAUGAAACAAAGCCUCCAGCAGAAGCGCUUCCUGCCUCCAGACUGACUCUGCCCUACAAAGUGAUGAAGUCUCUGGACGGAGAAGUCUACAGGAACCUGGAGUUUGAUGUCUGGCAGGACACCUGCAAAGAAAUGCAGAAGACAGACUACAUGGUGUUUGCGGGGAGGCAGUACUUCCUCGGAGACAAGUGUCAGGUUCGUCUGGAGCCGAAGGGAAAGUUUUACAACGCCUUCAUCCAGGAAGUGGGAACACACUCAGCUGCUGUCACAGUCUUCAUUGAGGAGCUGGGAGAGAAACACCUGGUACCGCUUACUGACCUGAAACCUGUUAACCCGGUUCCGGCCUGGAAUGUCGCUGCCCCCGCCAGGAAGGGAGAUCUGGAUCCAGACUCUCGCGGUCAGCGCCACCACCGCCAUCGUUACUUCAGGAAGUCCCGAGGCACCAAUGGGACGAAGGGGGCGGAGCUAUUGAUACCACAGCCUUCCUCUUAUGGAGGCCCCGCUCCUUCGGCUCUGCCCCCCCGCUUCCAGCCAGCAGGUCACCCUCGCCCCCCCACAUCUCCAUCACCCGGAGCCAUGACCUAUGACCCCUACGCCCCCCCGCACCAUCACCCCCUUUCAGCCAGACCGCCACGCUACGGCACCUCGAGAAGUUCUGCCCGUUUCCUGAACCGUCACCUGAUUGGUCCUCAGCUCACAUAUUACCACACUGGGAGGCGGUAUUACCACGAUUACGACAACUACGCCUUCAGGUCACGUCGCAGUCGCCGGCAGCUGGCGGCUGCUCUGAAUAAGGAGUGUCAGUUCGGGUUCCCGGCAGAGGCGGUCGAUGACCCGGCUGAUCUAGAAGCAGGAAUGGCCUACUACCAGCUGGACGACUCCAAUGAAGCGGUCUUCCCUCCUCUGCCAGUAAGAAACCAGAACCAGGUCCCAGUUCCACAGCUGGCUUUGAUGGCGGCAGCACAUCUGAGUGCCGGAGGGUCAUCAUCGGUUACCAUGGGUGCAGCUGUAGCUCCUCCCCCCACCAUAGGAGCCCCAUCUGCUCCUCCUGGCUCCACCUACCGAGUUCAGAGGGCCUCUGGGCCCCUCCCCCCUGCACCUCCUCCAGGAAAUACCCCAGUGUGCUCCUCAGAGGAGGAGCAGGAGGACGCAAGCACGGUGGAGGACCAGGCCGACUACUCGGAGGAAUUCAUGUUCGGAUCCCAGGAUCAGGGUUACCAGGCAACAGGGGUAUAUGCUGCUGGUGAGGCUCCACCCACUCAGGAUGAGCAGGAAGGAGGCGUGGCCGAGUCUCCAAGCAGAGCGGACAUGAACUACAGCUACACACCCCAGGUGGUGAAGUCCAUGGCUGUCAUCUGCUCCUCACCUUCCUCCUCCUCCUCUUCACCUUCCUCCCCCUCAUCUCGGAUACCUGCAGCUGCUCACCUGCCACCUGCUGCACAUGCUCAGACACGCUCAGUUACCAUGGCGAUGCCAGCUGCUGCUCCCUGGUUGGUUAAUGAACUGGGUGAACCUCUCUGCACGGUGGUGGCUCCGCCCCCUUACUCCUACGACCCCAAUGGCGGUGAUCUACCCAGAGACUGCAGAGUCCUCCAGUACUACUACAACCUUGGCAUUCAGUGGUACCAUCAGAGCUGCUGGCAGCAGCAGCAGAUGCUCCCUCCCCCCUCCUCCCCGGACUCCCCCUACACCUACCAGCACUACCCCCACUACCUGUGCCAGGAGCCCCCCCUGCAUGCUGGUCCCCCCUCCUUCUCUGAGGCCAGCCGCGGUACCCACCCACCUUCUUCCUACCCAGAUUCCUCCAGGGCAGAUGGACAGACGGAUGGACUAGGCCCUGCCCCCUCAGUGGAAGGCUCCUCCUCUUCCUCUGUCAGUCCCGCCCCUCCAGGUCCUGCCUCCUCCUCCACUCUUCUGUACUCUGACCAGACCCCUCUCCCCCCUCCCCCACUGCUGCACUUGCCGUACGAACCUCCGCUCUCAGCUGCUUACCUUACUAAUGCCCCGCCCCCUCCUCUUCCUCACCCCAACCACCUACCUCACCACUCCUCCUACCAUCCCUGUCUACCCCCUUCCUCCCACUGGGGUACGCUGUCUGUGGCAGGCCACGCCCCACGGGUAUACUGUCCCGCCCCCAACCCUGCCCAUGUGGUUGGUUACAUCACUGCCCCGCCCCCUCACCACACAGCCACACACUACAUUCCCCCGUCUAUGUAAGAUGCCUGUUAGCUCAUGGCUAACAAUACCAGUCAGCGCUAAUGGACUGAAAACAUGUUAGCUGUUAGCAUGAGGCUCGCUAACUUAUUCUAAAAAUACCUCUGAAAAUAUGUCUCACUUCCGGUUUGAAACUCUUGUAUUACUAGUUGGUUGUUUGAGUUAUUCUUUGUUGCCAUGGCAACAAGCUAGCCUAAGUUGAUUACUGCUUUUGUUUGUGGCUUAACUUGAGUUUAUAUUGAAAAUGCCAACCAGCCAAUCAAAGAGGCGGGGCUUCAUGGUGGGCGUGGUCUAUCCCAUGUUUUUGUUUUUGGAGAAAUAAAGUUUUUCACCAGCAGAUUAAUUUUUUGUAUUUUAUCUAGUUGCAUUUCCAUCACAUCACAUGACCUCACUGAUCAGGUUCUUUUGAAAAAUAAAAAUAAACGUUUUUG